GGCAGUUGCGAGAAACGUAGUGCGACAUUCAGUACUACGUCUGUUUUUACGCUACAUAGCUCCAUUAGUGGCUUACGGGUAGAUGGUCAGGUUCACCCGAAACGAGCCGUUUUAUAUACAAGCCGUUUUAUAUAUGAAGAUCUACAGCGGUUUUUAAGAUGUUCACCUCUUCCUUGGAAAUGCUCCAUUCAUUAAAAGAUGGAUUUUGAAUUCUUCACUGAAAGAUGGAUUUGGAGGUCACCAUGCUUUUGUCACAAACAAUAUCUUGAAAGUAACCAGAAGAAUCACCUGCUGUAAAAAAACACCGGGCCUCUGAUCUUGGAUCUCAGCUACAAUGUUGUCCACAUGGAUUCUGCAUAUGGUUGGAUUCGCUCUGCUGGUCAGGGGAGUCAUCAGUGAUGACCAGUGUCCUCGUCAUGAAGUCAAGCCUGGGAAAGAUUCUGCAGUGCUGGAUUCCUUGCAGUGCCACAAUGACUACAUGAGCUAUGUACAGUGCACAUGGGAGGUCGAUCCACAAGUUCAUCCACAAGAAAACAUGCAUGAAUUGUACUUCUGGGACACAAGUAUGAAAAUAGAUACACUUUGUGUCUCGAAUGCAUCUGGUGUGCUUUUAUCCAAUGGGAAGAUCUCUCACGUGUGCCGCUAUAACACGGAUAGGUUUAGCUUGUAUGCAGUCCACAUUCUUUACUUCAAAGUACCGUGUGUGAACAGAGCCACUACUCUCAGAGUUGCUCAGCAUGGAAAAGUUUGGGCCCCAAUUGAUUUGACAGAGAGGGUGGCUGAUGGCGGAGGUCGUCUGCUGUCCUGGAGAAGCCCGUAUCCUGUAUCCUCAAAUAUGACAGGAACUCUUGUGUACCAGCUUCAGUAUACAUUCAGAGGAUACAUGCAUGACUGGACUAUUGUGGAUAACAUCACUGCUUCUGAGUAUAUGAUUGACAAGGAGUCACUGUUGUCUGGUUACCAUUAUCAAGCCAGAGUGAGGGCGCGAGGUCCAGUGGGACUCUGGAGUGACUGGAGCCCCCUGGUGUCCUGGAAAACUCACAAUGAUGGAGUCUUUAACCUGCAGUGCAUGAUAGCGGGGGAAACAACUGUGACGUGUACCUGGCAAAUGAAGACAGAACAUUAUCAGUUUAUGUCUUAUCAUCUCUGGUGCAAUAAUAAUAAUAAUAAUAAUCUCUCCGUUUGUUGUGAAGAUCCUCAGCUGAAGUCGAGAGACGUUGAGCUUUCAGAGUUCAUGUGUUCGGUAAAAACCCCUGACCCUUCCCUGUUAACGGUGGAGCUGAGACCAGUGUACUACGCUAGGAAUUUCAAUUCUUACAAACACAUUAAACUUUCACAACCUGACCAGAUCCAUGUGAAGGAAGGCGAUGGUGUUUUCAUACUGAACUGGCCUGAACCAGCGGUGUCUGAAGAUAUUGAAUACUCUAUCCAGCUUAAAAUCUCGACCAGCAAGACCUCAAAAAUGUGUAACCUUUCUGCAGAGGAGAGAGAUUUUGACCUUAACUUUAGUGAUCUAGAUCCUUCAACUGAAUACCAGGCCCAGAUCAGAUUACUACCAGAACCUGACGAUACUUAUGACAUUGCGCUAUCAGAAUGGUCGCAACCAGCAGUGUUCAAAACUAAGCCAGGUAACGCCUUGAUUUCUGCCAGGAUAAGACCUGUUUUGUCAUGUGUUUCUGUUCCUGUUUUGCCUUAUUUGCCUUAUCUGUUCCUGUCCUUGUUUAGUUUGAUUAGUAAGGAUCGAGAUUUGGAAAGGAUCGAUUCCAUCACCCAUAAAGAGCAAAGUGCUGGAGGGGAUGGUAAAGAAUCUCCCGGUGGAUGGCCAAACCUCCAGAUAGAGAAAGAGACAACCGCCAUCUGUGUACUACUGGCUGCAGACGAUGUCAGUCUCUGCAAAAGCAGUGUCUCUUGGGAGCCUCUUUUGUUACACAUUGAAGAUGCUGUUGAAAUGGCAAAAUCAGAUGGAUCAAACCACUUUCAUGCCUAUGUGGGGGAAGGCAUGUGCAAAGACAAUUCAGGCAUGAACUUCAGUGGGCCUUAUAUUAUGUGCUGCGAGGAAUCCUGCACCCAGGACAAAUUACCUGAUGGCUCUAUGGACAAACAUCACAUGUGCGUGUCAAGAAAGUCUGAGAGUUUGGCUCCAGAAAAUGAAGGCUGCGUUGUAACUCCGCCCACCACCAUGCCAGCAACUCAAAACACUGACCCCUUCGAGAGCCCGACUGAUAACCCUUCAGAUGAAACCCCUGCAUACACCCCCAGCCCAGAUCAGGGUUGUGUGGUCCUCCCUCAUCCGUCCGGCUACUUCACGAUGCCAAGUGUCAUCACGGACUAGUCAGAGCCAAGAGGAUUCUUGACGAUCACACAUUCUGGAACAUCAAUCGGAGACUCAAUGAAUGAUAGUUUGGUUUAAAAAAAUGAGGGGCCUAAGGGCUAAGCACAAAGAAUGUAGUUUAAAUCUUUUGCUUUACAUAAACUGUCACUUUAUAAGCAAUGUCUAGCGACAGAUGAAUGUUUCGCAUGCUCAUAAUGAAAAGGGUGAAAGACACAUAGGAGCUUCAGUAGGACCUAUUAAGUUGAAGCUAUUGUGCUGUGACGUCUCACCAACAGAUGGCAAUGUUGCUUUAAAUGAAUGUAAGAAUUUUUCUUCUUUCCUCAGUGCAAACCUUGGAAAGAAAAACGCAUUAGGUCUAAAAAAAAUAAUGUUUUUUUUCCACAGUGCCUUAUAUACUUACUGCAUAGAAUGUCCUUUCUUCUUCACAGUUUUUGCACUUAACUCAGCUUGACAGACAUUGGCAGCCUCAUUCACUAACUGUGUAUGCAGAUAUUUGUGCUCGAAAUCUGCUUAGAAAAGGUUUUAACACAGAAAUCGUGAUGGUUCAUCCAUCAGUGAGUUUCAAAAACCGACGGAAUCCACAAACACGCAAAACAAAUAAAUAAUGUGAUAAUAAAUGACCCAGGUAGCCAAAACAGUUUGGCCCGAUAAUGGCAUAGAUCCGGCAGGCCGGAAGAAAUAACUCGGCCUGGCUGUGGUUGCUAGACUCGGGAUGGACAUGGGAUGAAUGACGCCCCAGAAUCGGCCCGAGUCCAGCUGCCAAAACUGCCGGCAUUGGGCCACAAUCACACCGACGAGAAAUUAAACACUUAGCCGGCACUGGUCCGACACUGGGUCACAAUCAUGAUAAUACCUAGCCAGUACUAGUCUUGUUCACUAAAUAAAAAAAUAAUAAUAAUAA